AUGGCACCGCAAAUAGCCUCCAUCCAAUCGUUCUUCCAGCCAGAAACUCCCUCUGCUCAGAAAACGCAAAAGCCAGCACCGCAGCAUCAUCGACCCUCUGAUACCGGCGAUGGCUUCUCCUCCUCCGAGAUCGAGGCCGCUCUUCACCCUGCAUUGCACAAAUGGCAGCCACGCACAACGUACAACGAGACUGACAUUGGCGAUCUGGUCCCUGGCCCAGGUUGCGUAGCGCUGAUGGGCAGGAUCGUCAAUUUCCACCACAUCGCGACACCAAGCAAGAUGCCCAAGGCUGCCCAGGGAUGCUUGAAGCUUACUGUCAAAGACGAUACUGGAGCCUGCUCGGUGAAGCUCUGGUACGCAAAAGUUGACUACAAUCUCCGUCUCGGCCUGCUCGUCUCAAUCUGGACAACUCACGUCUCCAACGCGGAGUCCAGCUCCUUGACUGUGCAAGACGCAUCUCUCGUCACCUCCAUCUUUCCCGAACGAGACAACAGCUGCUACUUCCUGGCGCAAGAACAGAGCGACGAGGGCGUGAUGUGCAAGACUCCGUUGGGCUAUCGCGAUGGCAAACAGCUGGAUGGGUUGAUGACGUUGAAGAGCUUUAUUGAGGGAGGUCAUGAGCUUGCGGACGGGAAGAUUCUGGUAUGUGUGAAGAGUAUUGGGGGGAGAAAGAAGUUCGUCACCAAGAAAGGGCAAGAAGCUGAGAAAGUGGACGUCAACGUAUUUGACGACACGGCAGAUGCCAAACUCACCCUCUGGGGGCCCCACUGUUCCUCUCCGGCCUACUGGAAGACAUCGUACACAGUCCUUCUCAUCACGCGCCCUGGCUUAUACGGUGACGGGAGACCACUGCUCUCGCUGACCAAUAAUACCCAUGUGGAUGUUGACCCGUGCAUGACGGAUGCGUACUGGCUGAGGGGCCAUGCGCAGAGAUUGACGAAGAGGGAGCAUGUGAACCAGCCGUUUCCGGAGGGUGUGUUUGAUGUUGAGGAGGCUGCGGAGUCGGAGCUGAGGAUUGUGUUUACGUUGGCCGAUAUCGAUGAGUUUGUUCGAGCAGCACCGGCGGAGCGCUACGUCGGAUAUCUCAGCCUGACGAUUGUUGAAUUGAACAUCUACUCGCUUUAUCAACGCAACAUGCUACUGUGUACUGAGUGCUGCGGUGUCCCCAUAUUCGCCAACGCCGUCACCACAAAGUGCAAGCAAUGCGAGAAAGACUUGGUCCUACGCAUCAAUCCGCGCUUGGUUGGACUCCUAAUCGAUGAAACCGGCGCCAUCACCUGCGGCAAGCUCGUAUGGUCUGAUGACGCAUGGGAACAGCUCCUGGGCCGCACUGCAGAAGACCUGGCUGGUUCGAAUCUGACGCUGCUGAAGUAUCUGGAGAACCGUUUGCUAUUCUUGAAGCUUGCUGUUAUGUUCGGGUGGAGUGAGGAUGUGGGAAAGCUGUGCAUUUUGAGGGUUACAAUUGUCUGA